GCCCUGGGGGGGGUCCCUGGCCCCUGGGGGGGUCCCUGGCCCUGGGGGGGUCCCUGGCCCUGGGGGGGGGCUCUCAGCUCCUGGGGGGGACCCCGAAGGCCCCCGGAGGCGCCGGGCGCGGCUCCUGCUCGAGGGCGUGGCCAGGUUCUGCAGGUCCCUCUCCGUGGGGCUCCACAUCUCCCUGGAUUAUUGGUGGACCACCAAGGUGGAGCUGCGGGGCCUGGCUGAGGACAGCCCGGGUUACCUGUCGGCGAUGUCGGGGUGUCACCGGCGGGCGGGGCAGCGUCUCCUGCGGGGGGCGCUGUCCAAUGGGGGUCUCUACGUGAAGCUGGGCCAGGGGCUCUGCGCCUUCGAUCACCUGCUGCCACCUGAGGUCACCUGCACGCUGCGGCCGCUCGAGGACAGCGCCAGCCCCCGCGGGCACCGCGAGGUGGACGAGCUGUUCCUGGAGGAUUUCCAGACCACGCCUUCCGGAAUGUUCCGCGACUUCGACUACGAGCCGGUGGCGGCCGCCAGCCUGGCCCAGGUGCACCGGGCCACGCUCCCCGACGGGACCCCCGUGGCCGUCAAGGUGCAGUACCUGGACCUGCGCGAUCGCUUUGAGGGCGACAUGAGGACCCUGGAGCUGCUGCUGCGCCUGGUGGAGUUCAUGCACCCCGACUUCGCCCUGGGCUGGGUGCUGCAGGAGCUGAAGGGGACCCUGGCCCAGGAGUUGGAUUUCGAGAACGAGGCGCGGAACUCAGAGCGCUGCGGGCGGGACCUGGAACACCUGAGGGGGGUGACGGUACCCAGAGUGCACUGGGAGCACUGCAGCAAGCGGGUGUUGACAGCGGAUUUCUGUGAGGGCUGCAAGAUCAGCGACACCGACGGCAUCCGACGGCUGGGGCUGGGGCUGAGAGACACCUCAGAGAAGCUGAUCCAGGCGUUCGCUGAGCAGAUUUUCUACACCGGCUUCAUCCACGCGGAUCCGCACCCCGGGAACGUUCUGGUGCGGCGCGGCCCCGAUGGCAAAGCUGAGCUGGUGCUGCUGGACCACGGCUUGUACGAGACCCUGAGCGAGACGGAGCGGCUGUCGCUGUGCGGCCUCUGGCGCGCCAUCGUCCUCGGGGACCGCCAGGCCAUGAGAGAGAGAGCGGCAGAACUCGGGGUGCAGGAUUACCUGCUCUUCUCGGAGAUGCUCCUGCAGCGCCCCUGGGCGGGAAACCCCUCGGCUCUGGGGUCUCACCUGGGCUCGGCGGCGCCGGGCUGGGCUCACCUGGGGGGCUCACCUGAGGGUCACCUGCGGCCGGAGGAGCGCGAGUACAUGCGGGGGAUGGCGGCGCGGCGCUUCCCGCACAUCCUGCAGGUGCUGCGCGCGCUGCCCCGCCCCAUGCUGCUGGUGUUCCGCUGCAUCAACACCGUGCGCAGCGUCCACGCCGCCCUCGGCGCACCUGCCGACAGGUACGGCCUCAUGGCCCGCAGCGCCGUUCGCAGCUGGAGCCGCCUGAGGGGGGGUCCCGGGGGGUCCCUGAGGCAGCGGCUGCACCUGGCCUGGGAGAGCUUCAAAUUCGAGCUGGCCCUCAGGCUGGAGUGGUUCCGGUUCCGGUUGGUGUCGGCGGCGCUGCGGCUCCUGAGCCGCUGGGGGGCGCUGCCGCUCGGGGAGCAGCUGCAGGAGCUGCUGCGGGCCUGAGGGGGGCGCCCCAGAAACUGCCUGCAAACAGCCCCAAAACAGCCCAAAAACAGCCCGAAAACACCCUGAAAACAGCCCGAAAACACCCUGAAAACAGCCCAAAAACAGCCUGAAAACACCCUGACAACAGCCCAAAACCAGCCUGAAAACACCCCGGAAACAGCCCAAAAACAGCCUGAAAACACCCCCAAAACAGCCCAAAAACAGCCUGAAAACACCCUGAAAACAGCCCAAAACCAGCCUGAAAACACCCUGACAACAGCCCAAAAACAGCCUGAAAACACCCUGAAAACAGCCCAAAAACAGCCUGAAAACACCCCGGAAACAGCCCAAAAACAGCCUGAAAACACCCUGACAACAGCCCAAAAAAUGCCUGGAAUCACCCUGAAAACAGCCCAAAACCAGCCUGAAAACACCCUGACAACAGCCCAAAAACAGCCUGAAAACACCCUGACAACAGCCCAAAAACAGCCUGAAAACACCCUGACAACAGCCCAAAACCAGCCUGAAAACACCCCCAAAACAGCCCAAAAACAGCCUGAAAACACCCUGACAACAGCCCAAAAAAUGCCUGGAAUCACCCCAGAAACCAGCCCAAAAAAACCCCGAAAACACCCCAAAAACUGUCUGGAAACAGCCCAAAACCACCCAAAAUCAACCCAAAACACCCCAAAACCACCCAAAACCAGCCCAGAAACUGCCCAAAACACCCCAAAACUGUCCAAAAACAACCCAAAACACCCCAAAAUUGUCCAAAACCACCCCAAAACCAGCCCAAACUGUCCCAAAACCUGCCCUAAAAUACCCCAAACCAGCCCAAAACCCAUCCUGAAAAUACACCAAAACCCACCCCAAAUUACCCCAAAACAUCCCCAAAUCCCCCAGAAUACCCCAAAACUGUUUGGAACACCCAAAAAGACCCCAAAACUGGCUGGAAACACCCCAAAAAUACCCCAAAACCCAGCCAAAAACAUGAAAAAAUCUGAAAACAUCUGGAAAACAGCUGGGAACACCCAAAAAACAGCUCUGAAACAGCCAGAAACAUCUGGAAAACACCUGGAAAACACCUGGAAAACAGCUGGAAACACCCGAAAUUCCCCCAAAAAUCCCCCAGAUCGGCUGGAAACACUGAAAUACACCUGAGAACAUCCGGAAAACAGCUGGAAACGCUGGGGAAACAGCUGGAAAACAGCUGGAAAUGGCCAAAAAUGCCCAAAAUCGGCCAAAAACGCUGAAAAAACGCACGAGAACAUCUGGAAAAGGGCUGGAAACGCUGAGGGAACAGCUGGAAAUGGCUCAAAUACCCCUAAAAUCAACCCAAAACGCCUCAAAAUCACCCAAAAUCGACCAAAAACGCUGAAAAAACACCCGAGAACACCUGGAAAAGGGCUGGAAAUGGCUCAAAUACCCCUAAAAUCAACCCAAAACGCCUCAAAAUCACCCAAAAUCGACCAAAAACGCUGAAAAAACACCCAAGAACAUCUGGAAAUGGGCUGGAAAUGGCUCAAAUACGCCUGAAAUCAACCCAAAACACCUCAAAAUCACCCAAAAUUGGCCAAAAAUGCUGAAAAAACACCCAAGAACAUCUGGAAAAGGGCUGGAAACGCCGAGGGAACAGCUGGAAACGGCUCAAAUACCCCUAAAAUCAACCCAAAACGCCUCAAAAUCACCCAAAAUUCCCAGAAAAUGUUCAAAAAACGGCAAAAAACAUCUGGAAAUGGGCUGGGAACCCCCCAGAAUCCGGGAAAACACCUCAAAACCGCCCAGAAACCCCCAAAAUCCACCCGAGAACAUCCGGGAAACAUCUGGGAACCGCCCCAAAAAUAUCCAGGAGAGGCUGAAAACCUUGGGAAAAAAAAACACCCAGGAAUUGCCCAAAACGCCCCAAAAUGAGCAGGAAAGGAGCUGAGAACAGCUGGAAACAGCUGGAAA